AUGACGGAUGAUUCUCCGUCUUCUUCAAAUAAAAUGAAUCCAGACUUAGAAUCGCAAUCGCCAUCACCAAAGCCUUCACAGCGCAACUUUUCUUCCAUCCUCAAUGAACACGUCGAACACCACAACGCUGCUAUUCCGCUAGCCUGGCAAUCAUUCAUCACUGGUUUGGUCGAUCUCAUCCUCUACUCGCGAAGCCAAGUUUGGGUUGGUUUUCAAACAGGCAACAUGGUCCAAUUCUCAGGAAAUAUCGCUCAAUUCAUGCUUCCUGAUUAUCAGCGACAUCCCCUCAAAACUCUGAUGAGAAUUUUAUCUAUCGUCGCCUUCUUCCUAGGCUCUUUUGUUUCUUCAGUGGGUGGUAGAUAUGUCGGUGACCGCACGCGCAAAUGGCUUUUCAUCAACUCAGUUCUCCAAAGCUGUUUGUUGUGGGGAGCUGCAGGUAUACUCCUGUCUAGACCUGAAUAUGAACAGCCAACAUUUGACUACUUCCCCGCUGUACUCACACUCGCAGCCUGGUCGUUAGGAAUGCAAGCUGCAGCUUCACAGAAACUGACAUCCCCGCACUUCGCAACGACAGUCGCAUUCACAGCCACCAUCACUCAAAUAGCCAGCGAUCCCAAUCUCUUCAAGUUGAGAUCGCCGACUAGAGAUAAACGGAUGGUAGGUAUAGUCUGUCUGUGUAUUGGUGCAGGCGUGGGUGAGAUGUUGCUUUAUGCCGACACCAAUCUAAGAGGCGCGAUGGCGAUAGUCGCUGGAUUCAAACUUAUACAAGCGUUCAUGUGGUUUUUGCCAAAGGCUUCCCCACCACCACAAUGA